UCCCCGGGCGAACAGCGUGCUGCUGCGUCAUCGCUAGUGGCCGGUUUGAAUGAGGCUUGUCGCAUCGGAGCUACCGCCACCACCGCGCUUCGUCCCCGGCAGGCUCCACAAGCUGCUUCAUAUCCCUCUGUGGUCCUUGUCAGACCCAGCCUCCUGCGCCGUUUCCUCCUUCUGCCCUACCAUGCCUCUCUACUCCGGUGAGCUCCAUCCUCCCUCGCGCCGCGCUCUCGCAGCUGAUGUUACAGUAAAAUGGGGAAAGGAGAAAUUUGAAGGUGUAGAAUUGAAUACUGAUGAACCUCCAAUGGUGUUCAAGGCCCAGCUUUUUGCACUGACUGGAGUCCAGCCAGCCAGACAAAAAGUUAUGGUGAAAGGAGGGACACUGAAGGACGAUGACUGGGGAAACAUCAAAAUAAAAAACGGAAUGACUGUACUAAUGAUGGGGUCAGCAGAUGCUCUUCCAGAAGAACCCUCAGCUAAAACUGUCUUCGUAGAAGACAUGACAGAAGAACAGUUAGCAACUGCUAUGGAGUUACCGUGUGGAUUGACAAACCUUGGUAACACUUGUUACAUGAAUGCCACAGUUCAGUGUAUUCGUUCUGUGCCUGAACUCAAAGAUGCCCUUAAAAGGUAUGCAGGUGCCUUGAGAGCUUCAGGGGAAAUGGCUUCAGCACAGUAUAUUACUGCAGCCCUUAGAGAUUUGUUUGAGUCCAUGGAUAAAACUUCUUCUAGUAUACCACCUAUUAUUCUACUGCAGUUUCUGCACAUGGCUUUCCCACAGUUUGCGGAGAAGGGUGAACAAGGACAGUAUCUUCAGCAGGAUGCUAAUGAAUGCUGGAUACAGAUGAUGCGAGUGCUGCAGCAGAAGCUGGAAGCCAUAGAGGACGACUCUGUUAAGGAGACAGAUUCUUCUGCAUCAGCUGUGACACCUUCUAAAAAGAAAAGCUUAAUUGAUCAGUUUUUUGGUGUUGAGUUUGAAACCACCAUGAAAUGUACUGAAUCUGAAGAAGAGGAGGUCACCAAAGGAAAGGAAAAUCAACUUCAACUUAGUUGUUUCAUCAACCAGGAAGUUAAAUAUCUUUUCACAGGGCUUAAAUUGCGAUUGCAGGAAGAAAUUACUAAACAGUCUCCAACAUUGCAGAGAAAUGCUUUGUACAUCAAGUCUUCUAAGAUCAGCCGGCUGCCUGCUUACUUAACUAUUCAGAUGGUUCGAUUUUUUUAUAAAGAGAAAGAAUCUGUGAACGCCAAAGUUCUUAAGGAUGUUAAAUUUCCUCUUAUGCUGGAUGUGUAUGAACUCUGCACACCAGAACUUCAAGAGAAAAUGGUCUCUUUUCGGUCAAAAUUCAAGGAUCUAGAAGAUAAGAAAGUGAAUCAGCAGCCAAAUGCAAAUGACAAGAACAGUCCCCCAAAAGAGGUUAAGUAUGAACCCUUUUCAUUUGCUGAUGAUAUUGGCUCCAAUAAUUGUGGCUACUAUGACUUACAAGCAGUGCUAACUCACCAAGGAAGAUCUAGUUCUUCAGGUCAUUAUGUAUCAUGGGUGAAAAGGAAGCAAGAUGAAUGGAUCAAGUUUGACGAUGAUAAGGUCAGCAUUGUAACACCAGAAGAUAUUCUGCGGCUGUCUGGUGGUGGAGACUGGCACAUUGCUUAUGUUCUACUUUAUGGGCCUCGAAGAGUUGAAAUAAUGGAAGAAGAAAAUGAACAGUAAUCUUCAAUUUAGCUAUUUAUGCCUAGGUGUGAUAUAAAUUUUUUUUGUUAUCAUUUCUAUAAUCUUGAGCUCCAAAGGGAACCAAGAACAGAACCAGGCCUGUUUCUUAAAGAGACUACACAAAAUUACAUUUGGGUGCUACCCUGUAAAAUGGUAGCUGAAUGACAGUCUUUAAAAGCGUGUUUCUUACAAAUUCCUAGCUGAAGUCCAUUUUCCCCUUUGCCCUUCCAGCUCAAGAUUUAGCAGUGAUGUUUAUUGCACACCUGUUUGUUCUUGCAUGGUUAAUAUUCAGUAGCUGCCUGUCAUUUGCCUUAUCUAACCAAUAUUUUUCUAGGAAGGUGGAAAAGGAAGUGUUGCUCUCAUCGUGUAACUCAGUGCUGCUGUCCACAUCCCAUCAACUGGGUGCAAUCAAGUAUUUGUCCAGACUGACUGUUGCUGGCUUUUCAUGACUUUACAAUAAAUUGUGAUCAAUAAGAAUA